AAGGCAGACAAAAGAGGUCAGGGGAACCAAAGAAGGAGCUCAUCUCGGUGUCCCUCUCUCCCAAUUCUCUCUCUCUCUUACACACAAAUUCCAAACCCUAGCUUUAUCCGUAAGUACAUACUCUUUCAACCCCUUAUCUCUCUCUCUCCCCAAAACGUCGCUGUCCGAUCCCAAAAACCCUAACACUACAAAUUCGAGGCUUCAAUUUUCAACCCCUAAAUGUACAAACUCGGAGCUUGAAGAAGAAAAUCUAGGGUUUCCGCUUCUGCUUCAACAAUUUUUCAAAAAGCUUUGAUAUUUCGGGAGAGGGAAUUUUUUUUUUUGUAUAAAUUGUAAAUUAUGUACAGAGAUCGAGUAGGUGGAGGUGGAGGAUCGUCGAGAUCGGAAAUGGUAGCUGGCGGAGGAGGAGGACCGUUGGAUCGAAAGCGAAUCAUCAACGACGCGCUCGAUAAGCACCUCGAGAAAUCGUCGCCGUCCACUUCGAGAGUCGGCGGCGGAAUCAAUAGUAGUAGUAAGGACAAGGAGAGAAUCUCUGUGCCUUCCACUUCCACCGGUAAAUCUCAGCAGCAUCAGCAGCUCGAUCAUCGCGAUUCUCGUUCCGCGUCGCUUUCGAAGAACAAGUGCUCCGAUGAGGAAUCUGAAACAGACAGUGAAGAAUCGGAUGUUAGCGGUUCUGAUGGAGAUGAUACAUCGUGGAUUUCAUGGUUUUGCAAUUUACGAGGAAAUGAAUUUUUCUGUGAAGUUGAUGAUGAAUACAUCCAAGAUGAUUUCAAUCUUUGUGGCUUGAGCAGUCAAGUUCCUUAUUAUGAUUAUGCACUUGAUCUGAUUUUGGAUGUUGACUCUUCUCAUGCAGGUGACAUAUUUACUGAAGAGCAGAAUGAAUUGGUUGAAUCAGCAGCAGAGAUGCUGUAUGGUCUGAUACAUGUUCGGUACAUACUCACCAGCAAGGGAAUGGCCGCAAUGUUAGAGAAGUACAAAAAUUAUGAUUUUGGAAGAUGCCCCAGAGUUUACUGCUGUGGACAACCCUGCCUCCCUGUUGGCCAAUCAGACAUUCCCCGCUCAAGCACCGUAAAAAUCUACUGCCCCAAAUGUGAAGAUAUCUAUUACCCGCGAUCUAAGUACCAAGGCAAUAUUGAUGGAGCAUAUUUUGGAACCACGUUUCCCCACUUAUUUUUAAUGACGUAUGGACACCUAAAGCCGCAAAAGGCGUCUCAAAGCUAUGUUCCAAGAGUUUUUGGCUUCAAGAUGCACAGGCCAUGACAUCAGAGGUAGGAAUAUUCAAGAUACCAUCAUUCUUGCCCAAAGAAAUAAUGUAUACUAUGGAUGAUGAAUUGUUGAGUGGGCUUAAAGCAUAAGAUGGAGAAGACUUAUGAUAGACUGGAAUGGCCUUUUAGCAUUCAUGUCCUUCGAUACUACGGCUUUUUAGAGUUUUGGAUCAAUUUGGUUGUCCAGCAUCCUCACCUCUUCUCAAUUCUCAUAAAUGGUGGGCUAGUAGACUUCUUCACUCCUCUACAUGGUAUUAGGCAAGGAAACCGCGUCUUUCCUUUUUAAUUCAUCUUAGCUGGAGAAGUUUUAUCUAGAUUGUGCCAACAUGCUGAGUUUCUCUUUCUAUUUCCCCACUUGCAAUUUAUCGAUGAUGUAUUAUCUUCUUGCACGCACAGGAACAAGAGCUAUCACAUUUUUAAACUUGUUUGCAAAAGUGAUAAACUGUGAACUUAACUACAUAAUCUCUUUUCUUAAGUUUUAAUGUUCCUGGAGCUGACAAAUUGCUGACUAUUUUUCU